GUGAUGUGUGGUGUGAUGCUUUACUCUACUGCCACGUACUGCUGAUGUCACCGUGUUAUUAUGCUAAUAAGGGCCUACAGAUAUAAUUUUGGAAGCAGUAUGCCUGCCCAUAUCUUUGAUGAGCCAGCUCCAACUGGUGAGACACGAGGGGCAGAGGAUACGCUGCCAGUAAAAAUGGACACAAGAAAUGACAUUGUCAUCAGUGGUCUCUCAUGUAGAUUGCCAGAAUCUGAGAAUGUUCAAGAAUUUCGUGAUAAUCUGAUGAAUGGUGUGGACAUGGUCACAGAAGAUGACAGACGCUGGGAACCAGGUCUCCAUGGCUUACCCAGAAGAAAUGGUAAACUAAAGGACCUCAGCAAAUUUGACAGCACUUUCUUUGGUGUGAAUCCUAAGCAGGCUAAUACCAUGGACCCUCAGAUGAGGCUAUUACUGGAAGUCACAUAUGAGGCACUUGUUGAUGCAGGGGUUAAUCCUCAGCAUGUACGUGGCAGUAGAACUGGUGUCUAUAUCGGUGUUAGUUCUUCUGAAGCAGGGGAGGUAUGGUCUGCAGAUCCUGAGACACUAAUUGGUUACAGCAUGACUGGCUGCCAACGCGCCAUGUUUGCAAACCGUCUCUCUUUCUAUUUUGAUUUUAAAGGUCCAAGUUUUACACUGGACACUGCCUGUUCGUCCAGUCUACUUGCCCUGGACCAGGCAGUGAUAGCCAUCAGGACUGGUCAGUGUGACGCAGCCAUUGUGGCAGGGUCCAACCUGUGCCUGAAGCCAACUACUGCUCUACAGUUCAUGAAGCUAGGGAUGCUGUCCCCAGAGGGCGCUUGUAAAUCAUUUGAUGUGUCAGGUAAUGGAUACUGCCGGAGUGAAGGUGUUGUGGCCAUUUACCUCCAGAAAGCUUCUGCUGCUAAGCGCAUUUAUUGUACUGUCCUUCACUCAAAAACCAAUGUGGAUGGAAGGAAAAAACAAGGCAUUACAUUCCCAUCAGGGGAAAUGCAAAAGAAUCUGCUCACUGAAAUAUACACAGAGGCUAAAGUGAAUCCGUCCGAAGUGUCUUAUGUAGAAUGUCAUGGGACAGGAACCAAAGUGGGAGAUCCACAGGAGGCAAAUACAAUAGCAGAUAUCUUUUGUCAAGACAGAGAUCAACCAUUGUUGAUUGGGUCUGUCAAAUCCAACAUGGGCCAUCCUGAACCAGCAUCUGGAUUGGCAGCGCUGGCAAAGGUCAUCAUAUCCAUGGAAGACAGUGUUAUUCCACCAAAUCUUCACUAUACAACCCCUAAUCCAGAUAUCCCAGGACUGUCUAAUGGAAAGCUUAAAGUCGUGACAAACUGCACAAAGUGGAAUGGGGGCCUUGUUGGACUGAAUUCCUUUGGGUUUGGAGGAGCAAAUGUACACGCAGUUCUAAAGUCAAAUAAUCAGAAGGAAACAACAGUUCACCCAGCAGCCAAUGAAGUAAGACUAUUCACAUUUUGUGGAAGAACAGAAGAAGGUGUGCAGCAUGUUUUAAACAAUGUGAAACAGCACCCAAAAGAUCUGAAUCUCCAGGCACUGCUGAAUCAAAAUGCCUAUGGUGACCCCAAGAUGCAUCCAUACAGAGGGUACACACUGCUUAACACAACUGAUGAGAUUCAAGAAAUACAGAACUGCCCAUCAGAACCCCGUCCAGUAUGGUACGUCUUUACAGGGAUGGGCACCCAGUGGCAUGGCAUGGGGAGAGAGCUGAUGCAAAUAGAUGUGUUCAAACAGUCCAUCAUGAGAUCUCACCACUGCCUGAAGAAAAUGAAUAUCAGUCUGUAUGACCUGCUGGUGAAUGGCACAGAAGACACCUUCAAGAACACUGUCAACUCUUUUGUUGGAAUAGCGGCUAUACAGGUGGCACUGGUGGACACUCUGCGUUCCCUGGGGGUGAAGCCAGAUGGUAUUGUGGGUCAUUCUGUGGGGGAGUUGGGCUGUGGCUAUGCUGAUGGUUGCCUGACUGCAGAGGAGACUGUAUUGGCAGCAUACUGGAGAGGAAAGUGUAUUUUGGAGGCAGAUUUAGAGGCAGGGGCAAUGGCUGCUAUUGGUUUAACAUGGAAAGAGGCCCAGGAGCAGUGUCCAGCAGGAGUAGUUCCAGCCUGUCACAAUGCUGAGGACACUGUGACCAUCUCUGGGCCCAAGGAAGCAGUAGCAACAUUUGUUCAGGAGCUCAAGGAUCAAGGGGUGUUUGCCAAGGAAGUUCACAGUGCUGGGGUAGCUUUUCACUCCUAUUACAUGGCUAAAAUUGCACCCAACUUGAAAGAAGCACUGGACAAGGUCAUUAAAACCCCAAAACCAAGAAGCAGCAAAUGGAUCAGUUCUUCCAUCCCAGAAUCCAAAUGGACCUCUUCUCUUGCUCAGAUGUCGUCUGCAGACUACCACGUCAACAACUUGGUCAGCCCCGUGUUGUUCCAAGAGGCACUGCAGCAUGUUCCUAAGAAUGCCAUCACUGUAGAGAUAGCUCCACACUGUCUGCUGCAGUCCAUACUAAAGAGGUCCCUUGGCCCAAAGUGCACUUUGACUAGUCUAAUGAAGAGGGGGCAUUCAAACAAUCUUGAACAUUUCUGGGCCAACAUUGGAAAGCUCUACAUGAAUGGAGUGAAUCCAGACCCCUUGAAGGUUUUCCCACCAGUCCAUUUUCCAGUUCCCAGUGGCACCCCUAUGAUAUCUCACCUGGUGAAGUGGGACCAUUCCCAAAAUUUUUCUGUUCCGACCCAGGAUGACUUCAUGGCCUUGUCUGGGAGCAGUGGGAAAAGUACGGCCUUUGUGUAUGAGGUGGACAUGUCCCCGGAUUCUCCUGAUCAUUAUUUGGUCGGCCACAAGAUAGAUGGAAGGGUUCUUUUUCCAGCAACAGGAUACCUUGUCCUAGCUUGGCGGGCUCUAGCAAAGAUGAAGGGACAACUAUAUGAACAGAUGCCAGUGACUUUUGAAAAUGUUGCCAUACAUAGAGCUACAAUUUUAUCAAAAGAUGCCAAGGUGAAAUUUGAAAUCUGUAUAAUGCAGUCUACAGGAGAAUUUGAGAUUUGUGAAAAUGGGGCUAUGGUUGCGAGUGGAAAGGUGUAUGUUCCAACAGAUCCGGGCUCACAGAGAUCUACAGAAUACACGUUGGAAGAUGAUGAAGAGCCAGCACAGGAAUGGAGAGAUCUGACGUCUGGAGACAUCUAUAAAGAGUUGAGGCUCAGGGGAUAUGAUUAUGGUCCAACAUUUCAGGGCAUUCUGACCACAAACAAUACAGGUGAUCAUGGCCAGUUACUCUGGAACAACAACUGGGUUUCUUUCCUGGACACCAUGUUACAAGUUUCUGUACUUGGCGCUUCUGGACGUGGGCUGCGUCUGCCAACUAGGAUCACUUCCCUUUCAGUAGAUCCUGCAUUACAUGAACAGAGAGUUGUACAAUUUGAUGAAAGUACUCAAGCUGUGCCACUUAGUGUUAACAAAUACACUAACACAUGUAUUGCUGGUGGUGUUGAAAUCCUUGGCCUACAUGCAACAGUGGCACCCAGGAGACAACAACAACAAAAUCCACCCGUCCUUGAGGAAUACACAUUCGUCCCAUACAAAGAAUCAAAUCUGCUCAGUUCUUCAAAUAAAGCUGAAUAUUCAAAACUUCUCACAGAUUCUUCCAUCCAUAUUUUGAAGAAAUUGCUUGAGAAACUAGAAGGUCAAGAGUUGCCAAACAUGGAGCUACUAAGAAACAUUGUGGAUUCUUAUGAACAUUGUCCUGCAGAUAUUGACGAAAUGCUGGGGCGCUAUGAAGAUGAAAAUUGUUAUCCAGCUGCAAAAUACUUCAAGAAUAUUCUCACAUCCUUGAGCAAUGGUGCCACAAAUUUCCGAGAACUUUUAAUGGAGAAUCAAGAACUCUUGAGAGAUCCUCUCUUUACUUCUGCAUACCAUCCGACAGUUUUGAAACCAUGCUUAGAUGUGGUUUUAGAAAAUGUCAACAGUUCUACAUUGAAGGUAGUGGAGGUUGGGGCAGUCCAUGGGCAGAUGUACAAACCAGUUAAUCAGUCUCUAGGGUCACAUCCUCUGGUCAAAUUGGAUUAUACAGUGACUGAUGAGAGAGUCCAAGAUUUGGACCAGGAAGAAUUAGAGAUGUUAAAUGUUCAAAGCACUGAAUGGAAUUUGAAAUCUCCACCCUCAGACAACCUUAAAUCUACAGAUUUGAUUGUAGCAAAAGGUUUACUGCAUCAGCAGGAAGGGAUUUCAGAACUGUUAGACAUACUUUCUAGUUUACUGAAAGAUGAUGGCUUCUUGUUGAUAAGUGAGCCUACACAAAACUUUCCCCUAGCAUUCAUGUCAUCAUACACAGGAAAUGAGGUCUUCAUAGCAGAGGACAAUCACAGGCAUUGUGGGAUGUACUUAAGUGAAACGCAGUGGACAGAAACAUUUACAGCAGCAGGUUUGCAGAUAAUUGCCCAAAAGAGUGAUGGACUUAUGCACACAACUUUCUUAUGUAGGAAAACAUCUACAGUGACCAAUGCUGUGCCAACCUUUCUCAUCAUUGACAACAUGACCACAUUUGAGUGGGUAGAGCAGCUAAAGAAAACCAUGGCUGACCACUUGGACAAGCCGAAAGAGGCCACUAUCUGGUUGGUGUCCAAAAAUGAGCCUUGCAAUGGAAUAGUGGGACUAGUGAAUUGUCUCAGAAAAGAGCCUGGAGGUGAUAGAAUUAGGUGUAUUUUCAAUGCCAGUGAAGGUAACUUACCUGAUUCUUGUAUGGAAAUGGAAAGUCCAACUUUUAUGUCUCUAAGACAAAAGGACCUUGUGAUGAAUGUGUACAGAAACGGCCAAUGGGGGUCCUUUAGACAUAUGCCACUGCAUCAGGACUGUCAAAUUCCUCACACUGAAGUCAACCAUGCUUUUGUGAAUGUGCUGACUAGGGGUGACCUGUCCAGUUUACACUGGAUCGAGUCUCCCCUAAAGUACUUUGACCCUGGCCAGAACCCCAGUAAAAAACUGUGUAGUGUGUACUACGCUGCUCUCAACUUCAGAGAUGUCAUGCUGGCCACUGGGAAGCUGCCUCCUGAUGCCAUACCAGGUGAUCUGGCAUCUCAAGACUGUCUGCUGGGUAUGGAGUUUUCUGGAAGAGACCAGACAGGAAGAAGACUUAUGGGUCUGCUACCUGCAAAGGGCCUUGCUACCUCAGUGGAUGCUGAUGGUAGGUUCCUAUGGGCAGUUCCAGAUAGAUGGACACUGGAGCAGGCUGCCUCUGUCCCAGUGGUCUAUGCUACAGUCUACUAUGCCUUGGUGGUCAGGGGACAGAUGAGGAAAGGAGAGAGGGUGCUGAUCCAUUCUGGCAGUGGAGGUGUUGGUCAGGCAGCUAUAUCAGUGGCUCUUCACUAUGGUUGUGAAGUAUUUACAACUGUUGGUUCUAAGGAGAAAAAACAGUACCUCAUGGACCAGUUUCCUCAGCUGAAAGACAAGCAUUUUGCCAACUCACGGGAUACAUCAUUCGAAAUGGAUAUUUUGAGAGCAACCAAGGGGAAAGGUGUGAACUUGGUGCUGAAUUCCCUGUCUGAAGAGAAGUUGCAAUCUAGCGUCAGAGUUUUGGCAAACCAUGGAAGAUUUCUGGAGAUUGGAAAGUUUGAUCUUUCAAACAAUUCUGCUCUGGGUAUGUCAGUGUUUUUGAAGAAUGUCACAUUCCAUGGGAUAUUAUUAGAUGCAUUGUUUGAGGAAGGAAACAAUGACUGGCAGAUUGUAGCAGAUCAUGUGACUAAAGGUAUCCAAUCAGGAGCAGUGUGUCCACUGAAGACAACCACCUUUGACCAAUCAAAUGUGGAAGAAGCUUUCAGGUUCAUGGCUCAAGGAAAGCACAUAGGAAAAGUACUUAUUAAGGUCAGAGAUGAAGAACCGGAGACAGUAGCACCUCCAUCCUCAAUCAAACUUCCUGCCAUAUGCAGAACUACCUGUGACCCCAAGCUGGUCUACAUCAUCACAGGAGGCCUGGGAGGGUUUGGUCUGGAGUUGACACGGUGGCUGAUUGAACGUGGGGCUAGACAUUUCCUUCUCACGUCUCGCUCAGGAAUCAGGACUGGUUAUCAGGCUCGGUGUAUCAGGCAGUGGAGAGAACUGGGACUUGAUGUGAGGAUUUCAACCAGAGAUAUUUCCACCCUGCAGGACACUGAGGGACUCAUUCAGGAGGCCUUGGAAGAAGGACCAGUUGGUGGAGUCUUUCACCUUGCCAUGGUAUUGAAAGAUGGAUUACUGGAAAAUCAAAGUGCAGAAACAUUUCAACAAGUUGCUGACUCUAAAGUGGCUGGCACAAUGCAUUUGGACCAAGUUACUCGCAAACUUUGUGCUGAGAGUUUAAAAUGGUUUGUGGUGUUUUCUUCUGUAAGUUGUGGCCGAGGAAAUGCUGGCCAAACUAAUUAUGGUUUUGCCAACUCUGUCAUGGAAAGGGUGUGUGAGAGGAGAUGCCAGGACAAACUACCAGGCCUGGCAAUACAGUGGGGUGCAAUAGGUGAUGUUGGCAUUGUUUUGGAUAACAUGGGCAACAAUGACACUGUGAUUGGUGGUACCAUACCACAAAGGAUUACAUCAUGUCUGGCCACUCUUGACCACUUCCUUAAUCAGCCGUGUCCAGUUAUGUCCAGUUUUGUGCCUGCUGACAAAGAAAAAUCCACAUUGAAUAAAAGAGAUGGUGGUGCUGAUUUGCUGGAUGCUGUGGGAAACAUCUUGGGUGUGAAAGACCCCAGUACACUUAACCCAGAUACCACCCUCGCAGAUCUGGGCCUAGACUCCCUGAUGGGUGUUGAGAUCAAGCAAACUCUAGAGAGAGAUUUUGAUGUGGUUCUGUCCAUGAAAGAUGUGAGAGCUCUGACAAUCAACAAACUGAAAGCAAUCUCAACUCAGGGGGUCAAACCAGUUCAGGACACGAGUGACGGUUCUCCACAUGUUUCUGAUGCUGUUGCAGACAUUCAAAGCACAGCGCUGGCUAGAUACAAUCUGGACCAGCUCAUUCCUAGUGACUGUCUUGUUAGGAUGAAUGCAGUAGAAAGCACAGAAACUCCAUUGUUUAUCGUCCAUCCUAUUGAAGGUCACAUCCAGUGUUUGCAGUCCAUGGUCUCCUACAUAGAGUAUCCUGUGUAUGGGCUUCAGUGCACCAGUCAGGUGUCUAUGACUUCCAUACAGGACCUGGCAGCUUUCUACAUACAGAAAAUAAGUGAAAUCCAAACCACAGGACCAUUCAGGUUAGCUGGAUACUCAUUUGGGGCCUGUGUUGCUCUAGAAAUGGCACUUCAGCUUCAGGGCAAGGCUGUCGAGGUGCAGCACCUUCUGUUGCUUGAUGGCUCCCACACCUAUGUUGCUGCCCACACAGAGCAGUACAGAACAAGACUGAUGUCCACUGAUAAUGAAGCUGAUGCAGAGAGCGAGGCACUGUGUGCCUUUGUACAACAGUUUAUUCCUGUUGAGUACACACAGCUUAAGCCUCAUUUGAUGUCUUUGCCAUCGUUGGAAGACAGAGUAUCAAUAGUAACAGAACACCUGAUGAAAACCAAGCUGUUCAAGAAUGAGGAGGAUCUGAAAGCUGUGAUCGUCUCAUUUUACCAGAAGCUGGUCAUAGCAGAGAAGUACAAGCCUUCAGACACUCUCCACGGAGAUGUUGUGCUGAUCAAGGCACAGACAGAAAAUGGUUACAAAGAAAAGUUGGGAUACGAUUACAGUCUAAAUGAGGUCUGUAAUGGACAGGUUAUUGUUCACACGGCAGAAGGGAAUCAUGAAACUUUCAUUCAGAAUGAAAAUGCUGAAAAGGUGGCUCAGCUUGUAAAUGAUACACUUAGGGCAGGAUCAUCAGACAAGGUAGUUCAUGGAGGGGCUCAAACAGAACUAGAGAGCAGGACUUCAGGCAAACAUGGUGAUUCACAGGUCCCUAAAUAUGUAAAUGCUCAAGACUUACUGCAUGAAGAAAAAGACACGGACAUUUCACAUUUGCACUAUAAAUCACUUCCCAUGGUGUAGGAAAAAGGUACAAAAAUGACCUGCUGUGCAGGAUAGGCUCCCUCUCCAUGGUAAGCUUUAGAUGCCAUUGGGAGGCAGUCAGAUUUAGGAGGGGCAGAUGGAUGGAUGUGACAACUCCAUAUUCUUUCUAUAAAAGAGUUUAUAUUUCCAAUAUGCAGAACAUUUCUUUGUAAAAUAUUGAGUCUUUACAUUAGAAGCAUUUUUAUAGUGUGCUAAGAAGAAACAAUCCCAACCUUUUUAUUUACCAUAAAAAGAAGUCUUUCAGGCAGCUAUGAAAACAUUGCAAAGGGGUGCUUUUUGUAUGAUAAUAAAUAUAAAAUAUUGGUUUAUUUUAUUACAGUUUUCCACUUUUUUUCUUUAUUAAUUUUUUUUAGAUGUUUUUGAGACAAUGAUAAUAAUUUGGCCAGCUUACACAUUUUGAGGCAUGUAGUGUCUCAAAAUCAAAAUAAUAUUCCAGCAUAGUGUGUCCAUUGAAAAAUUGAGCCAAACACUACUUGA